AUGGAAUACAUCGAUGGAGAGAUCCUGGGCGUAGUUUCUUGGUCCGAACGCACUAGUGAGCAACAGCAUUGGAUUAUCCAACAUGCAACGCAAACUCUCUAUUGCAUUGGAAAGAUGCAAGGCCAUAGCCCGGGACCAGUGGGCUCAGAUCUAGUCGUGUAUCAUUUCGACACCAGUCUAAGGAAAGAUAAAGCUGGGAGACUGUGGAUCAUAGAUGGGACUUGGGCUGGCUUUUUUCUUCCAGGAUUCGAAACGGCGAGUCUCUUACACAUAUGCGUGGAUGAUAGCAAAUUCGAUAUUGUUCAGUGCAUCCUCUGUGAGCUUCAUUAUCAAUGGGCCCUUCCACUUCGUGUACAUGUACUUGCAGGUGCCCUACGAUUAAUCAUUCCAAUGAGGGAGAAGACCAAGGGGGACGAAUUUACGGCACGGACGGCGAGAGUGAACAUGUUUAGCAAAGCUUUCAGUCUACUACUUCUCUACGGGAUGAAAGAGCUCGGUAGAGGUACUUGAUUUCCUCUUAACUGGUAGACAAGAUAAGCUCCAUUUCAUCUUCUGCGAACAAGGUAGCCCUAGCAGCAAGCUUACAGGCUCUGUCCCGGGCAUCCACUCACGCUGAUCAACAAACAUCACUACCUCAAGCAAGACCAGAUGAAAUAAACCUCCAUGAACAUCCAUCUUAAUCCCGCCAGUCGGCGAAACGAAGAUCCUCA